UUUUUUUAUAAAUACGUGUUAUCUCAAUUUUUUUUUGUUCUUAACGUUCUCAACAACAAAAAAAAAAUAAAAUUUUUUUCUAAUAUAUACAAAAAAAAAAUGCAAUCAUUAGAUCAUCGAGAAAAUGGGAAUGAAGCAAUUAAAAGAGGAGAUUAUAUUUCAGCAUGGGAACAUUAUACUGAAGGACUUAAAUUAACACCAAAAGAUCCUUACCUUUGGUGUAAUAGAGCUUUCGCAUGUCUUAAAGCCGGAUAUCCUGAAUUAGCAUUACAUGAUUCAGCAAAUUCAGAAAAUAUUUUAACAGAAUAUCCAGAACAAGAUUUUAAAGAUAAUAUUGAUUUAUUUAAAUUAAAACUUAAAGGAAAAUAUCGUAUAGGAGAAGCAUAUGGUGUUUUAGGAUUACCUAAACAUGCAGCAUUUGAAUAUAAAGCUUGUAUGGAUUUAGCUAAAAAAGAAGAUCCAUCAAUGAAAUCUUAUACUAAAAAUGAUUUUAAUAUUUGGGAAAAGAAGAAAGAGGAUUAUUAUAAGACUUCAUUAUUACAUGAUCAAUUUAUACAAACUUGUCAAAUAACUGAAGCGAAAAAGAGGCAUGGAUUUUAUAAAUUUGAAGGAAAAUAUCCUUGGGAUAAAAGAAAUGAAGAACGAACAUCUGAAAAAAUGAUAGAAAAACUUCAACAAAAACUUGAUUCUGCUAGUAAUUUUUUACUUAGGAUAUCCAAAAUUCGUUUUAAUGAUUCUGAUUCAGAACAAUUAGGAUUGGUAGUAAAGACAACAAUUAAUAAAUCUCGUCUAACACUUCAAGAAGAUCCUUUUUUAACGGCUCAUAAUUAUUAUGUAUUUCGAUGUGAUUAUUGUUUUCAAGAAUUAAAUGAACCAGGAUCUACACCUUACGAAUCACUUAAUUUAUAUGAAAAACCAAAGAAAGUGGAUCCUUAUUAUUGUCCAAAAAGAUCUUGUGAGGAAGUUUUUUGUAGUGAAAGAUGUUAUAAUUUAUCAUUAAAUUUAUAUCAUAAAUCUCUUUGUGGAAAGGAUAAAGAAAUUAAAGAAAUUGUUGAUAUUAUUAAUUCCGACAAUAUCGGAGUUUUACAUCAUUUAAUGUUAACGGUUAGAAUUUUCGCGGUAGCAAAAAUUCGAGAUAUUUGUCCAUUAGAUGUUGAAGAAAUUAAACAUUUAUGUAGAUUUACACCAGUAUCAACACCAUUUAGAGGAAAGAUGAUUUAUGAUCCAUCAUUUUAUGAAAUUUAUUUGAAUAUUUUACGUAUAAUAGAAGUUUCUAGAUUUGAUUUACGAUAUGAUUAUUGGAUUUUUAUUACAGUAAUUAAUAUGGUAUUACCGAAUUCAUUUCCUGGACCUGGAGAUUCAGAUGUGAUAGAUACAUUAGCACUUUAUCCAUUAUCAUCAUUAGUUAAUCAUUGUUGUAUACCAAGUUUCUUUGAUGCACAAUAUUUAUCACAAGAUUAUGAUUCAAGUCCUGGACCAAUUCGUGAUAAUAUAAGAAUGAGAUGUAAAAUUGAUGAUGUUGAUAAUUUAUUUCAUCCAGCAAGAAUAUUUUUUGUUCCUUCAAGAGAAAUUGAAGAAGGUGAACAAGUUCUUAAAAGUUAUUGUGAUCCUAGACAACGUAUAAUCGAAAGACAUAAUGGAUUAGUUACUACUUUUGGUUUUAUAUGUAAAUGUGAAAGAUGUGUAUAUGAAAAUGGUGAAGCUAAUCAAGAACCGGUUAAUUGGCAUUUUCAUUUUCCGGUAAUUCCUGAUUGGGUUAAAAAAUAUGAUAAUUAAAUAUAUUAUUUUUUGAUAUGUAUUGUUGGUACAGUAUAUCGAAUUUAUCGAUGAUAUUAUUUUUUUAUUAUUGUUUUUAUUUUUUAUGGAUUAAUUAAUUAAUUAUAAAUAAAUUUAUAAGAUUUUGAAAAAAAAAAAUUUCU